AGUGUAAUAUGCGGAUUCGAUCGUGCACGUACAUAUAUAUAUGUAUACGCGGAUGAAGCUAGCUCUGUGACUGUGAAUGUUGUUUGUGUCACGUCAGUGUCUGACAACUUUUAGAGUGACACACAUGCAUUUUAUAUGGAACGACAGCCCCUUGGACUUUAGUGGAUGCUUUCAUAUGAUACUGUGUACCCGUGACCCAAUUUAGGAUUAUUAAUACCCUUUGGAAACACCACCAAGAUGGUUGACAACGACCCCGAUUUCGAGCCACAAGCUCGACCACGUUCGUGUACAUGGCCGUUGCGUCGGCCGGACUUUUUGGACUCGAAGCCUCAGCAACCGGGUAAUGCCGCCGCCGCCGCCCCGGCGCCUCCGGUAGACCAUCCCCACGCGGCACUCAGUCCCGCCGUUCUUACAGAAGAAACACCGGAUAUUAAGCCUGUUUUACCUUUAGAAGGAGGAGAAAAUCGUGAAUUAUCAACUCCAUCAUCACAGAGACGAAAUGGAUCGAGAAGGAAUGCUUGGGGAAACUUGUCAUACGCAGAUUUAAUAACCAAAGCGAUUCAAAGUGCUCCCGAUCAACGCUUGACCCUCUCCCAAAUUUACGACUGGAUGGUAAAAAAUGUCCCAUUUUUCAAGGAUAAAGGAGACAGCAAUAGUUCAGCGGGUUGGAAGGUAUGUUAUACCAAAGUAAUCUCCGAAGUCCAUCCCACAUUGUAGUAAUAAAUUUGGCAA